AUGGCAGCGACACCAAGGCUAGAACCGGACGAUGACGCCUCCGCCAGUUCAGCCGCCGUGAAUUCAUCGGUCCAAUUCGGUACGGCGGAGGCACUCGAUUACGUUCGGAAGCUGACAGAUGUGGGAGCCAUGACUCGUCUCUUACAUGAAUGUAUAGCCUACCAGCGAGCCCUAGAUCUCGAGCUGGAGACCAUUCUCUCUCAGCGCUCCGAUUUGGACCGCCAGCUCUCUGGCCUUCACAAAUCUGCCGAGGUUCUUGAUAUUGUCAAGGCUGAUUCAGCCUAUAUGCUCUCUAAUGUAGGCUCCACUUCCUCCCUCGCCGAUCAGGUCUCCGCCAAAGUGCGACACCUAGAUCUUGCCCAAUCUCGCGUCAAGGAAACUCUUCUACGCAUCGAUGCAAUCGUCGAUCGCUCGAGUUGUCUCGACGGUGUUCAGAAGUCACUUCAAUCGGAGGAUUUCGAGUCUGCUGCAUCCUACAUCCAGACGUUUCUCCAAAUUGACUCCAAGUUUAAAGACUCCUCGGCCUCGGAUCAGCGGGAGCAGCUCCUCUCCUACAAGAAGCAAUUGGAAGGCAUAGCCAAGAAGAGGCUCUCGGCUGCUGUAGACCAGCGGGAUCAUCCCACCAUUCUCCGUUUCAUCAAGCUUUACACUCCCCUUGGUCUUGAAGAGGAAGGCUUGCAGGUUUAUGUUAAUUACUUGAAAAGGGUCAUUUCCAUGAGAUCCCGGAUUGAAUUCGAGCAAUUGGUGGAAUUGAUGGAUCAACCCAAUAAUAUUAGUAAUAAUCAGGCGAACUUUGUGGCGUGUUUGACGAAUUUGUUCAAAGACAUUGUCUUGGCUGUAGAAGAAAAUAAUGAGAUUUUAAGGAAUUUGUGCGGUGAGGAUGGCAUUGUUUAUGCCAUUUGUGAGCUUCAUGAGGAAUGUGAUUCACGGGGACCUAUCAUUUUAAAAAAAUACAUGGAGUACAGGAAGUUAGCGAAAUUGACCUCUGAUAUUAAUUCAUAUAAGAGCAAUUUACUCUCAGCUGGGGCAGAAGGGCCCGACCCUAGAGAGGUUGAGUUAUAUCUGGAAGAGAUACUGUCUUUGACGCAGUUGGGUGAGGAUUACACUGAGUACAUGGUGUCCAAAAUAAAGGGCUUGACCUCUGUGGAUCCAGAAUUAGGUCCCCGAGCCACAAAGGCUUUUAGGAGUGGGAAUUUCAGUAAAGUUGCUCAGGAUGUUACUGGUUACUACGUCAUUUUGGAAGGGUAUUUUAUGGUGGAAAAUGUGAGGAAAGCCAUCAAAAUCGAUGAGCAUGUACCUGAUAGUCUCACAACAUCCAUGGUAGAUGACGUGUUUUAUGUGCUGCAGAGUUGCUGUAGAAGGGCAAUUUCUACUUCAAAUAUCAACUCGGUGAUUGCUGUGUUGAGCAGCGCCUCAAGUUUAUUGGGGGGUGAAUAUGGUGAGGCACUGCAACAACAGACGAGGGAGUCAAAUCUUGGAGCAAAGCUAUUUUUGGGAGGUGUUGGGGUGCAGAAGACUGGAACUGAGAUUGCCACGUCUUUGAACAACAUGGAUGUCAGUAGUGAGUAUGUCCUGAAACUUUGCCAUGAGAUCGAAGAACAAUGUGCAGAAGUAUUCCCUGCACCAGUAGACAGGGAGAGAGUUAAAUCCUGCAUAUCUGAAUUGAAUGAAAUGAGCAACAAUUUCAAGAAGGCACUAAGUGUUGGAAUGGAGCAACUUGUAGCCACCGUGACACCCCGAAUUCGACCUGUAUUAGAUAACGUGGCGACCAUCAGCUAUGAACUAUCUGAAGCAGAUUAUGCAGAAAAUGAGUUGAAUGAUUCCUGGGUUCAAAGGCUUCUCCAUGCUGUGGAGACCAAUGUGGCGUGGCUUCAGCCCCUGAUGACAGCCAACAAUUAUGACUCAUUUGUGCACCUCGUCAUUGACUUCAUCGUGAAAAGGCUAGAGGUCAUCAUGAUGCAAAAACGAUUCAAUCAACUCGGGGGUCUUCAGCUUGACAGAGAUGCCAGGACACUAGUCAGCCAUUUCUCUAGUAUGACACAGAGGACAGUUAGAGACAAAUUUUCUCGUCUCACCCAGAUGGCUACUAUCCUAAACUUAGAAAAGGUGUCUGAAAUUUUAGAUUUCUGGGGAGAGAACUCGGGGCCCAUGACUUGGAGACUAACUCCAGCUGAGGUUAGAAGAGUAUUGGGUCUGAGAGUUGAUUUUAGACCUGAAGCAAUAACUUCUCUUAAAUUGUAG